UGCGUGCAAUACAAUCUCUCUCUCUCUCUCUCUCUGACUUUAUUCCCACUGUUUCAGCUCAGAUCACUGUCUCAUUUCUCAAAUCAUAACCUCUCUCUCCCUCUCUCUCUUUCUUCUCCCUCAAACCCGUUUCAAGUUUCUCAAUCCCGUUUUUUUGAUGUUCAAUAUGCUUAGGGUUUCAUUCUUCAAUCUUCAUUGCCUUUUAUAGUACUACAUAUCUCAAAACAUCAUUUUUCAUUCACACCACCUUUUCAAACCUUCUUCCUCAAGCUCCACAGACUCUUCAGUUUAAAGGGUCGCUUCAAAGUUUGAAUUUUUCUGACUAUUUUUAUGGCUUUUACAUUGGGCUUUUGCCCAAAUAAAAGAAAAACGCGUAAAUUCAGUUGAGGAGCUUCGGAGUUUAGCUCAGUGGAAAAAAGAUUAAGUUUUGGAGAAGAAGAUGGCAAUGGCUGUUGCACAACAGCAGAGAGAUAACAGCAUUGAGAGACACAUUGAUUCUUCUGGGAAAUAUGUGCGCUACACUGCUGAACAGAUUGAAGCUUUGGAGAAGGUUUAUGUGGAAUGCUCUAAGCCAAGUUCCUUGAGAAGGCAACAGCUGAUUCGGGAGUGUCCGGUUUUAGGCAACAUUGAGCCUAAGCAAAUCAAGGUUUGGUUUCAGAAUAGAAGGUGUAGAGAGAAGCAGAGAAAAGAGGCUUCUCAGCUUCAGACUGUGAAUAGGAAACUAGCGGCAAUGAACAAGCUGUUGACGGAGGAAAAUGAGCGGUUGCAGAAACAGGUUUCGGAGCUGGUGAAUGAGAAUGGGUUUAUGCGCCAGCAAUUGCAACCCGCCGUCUCAGCAGCUCCAAAUGCUGAUGGCAAUGGCAAUGAUUCUGCGGCUGCUACUCCUCGGAGUACCAUGAGAGAUGCUAAUAGCCCUGCUGGAUUCCAAUCAAUUGCAGAGGAAACAUUGGCAGAGUUCCUUUCAAAGGCUACAGGAACUGCUGUCGAAUGGGUCCAGAUGCCUGGGAUGAAGCCUGGUCCGGAUUCGGUUGGGAUAUUUGCCAUUUCUCAAGGUUGUAACGGAGUGGCAGCUCGAGCCUGUGGUCUUGUUAGUUUAGAACCUUCAAAGAUUGUGGAAAUCCUUAAAGACCGCUCAACUUGGUUUCGGGAUUGUCGGAGUUCAGAAAUGUUCACAAUGUUCUCAACUGGAAAUGGAGGGACAAUUGAACUUCUUUACACACAGACAUAUUCUCCAAUGACGCUGUCUACUGCUCGGGAUUUCUGGACUCUAAGAUACACUACAAAUCUUGACAAUGGAAGUAUUGUGGUUUGUGAAAGGUCACUGUCUGGUUCUGGUGCUGGCCCUAAUGCCGCUGCGGCCUCACAGUUUGUGAGAGCUGAAAUGCUCCCUAGUGGCUACUUGGUUCGACCAUGUGAAGGUGGAGGGUCAAUCAUCCACAUUGUAGACCACCUAGACCUACAGGCAUGGAGUGUUCCAGAAGUGCUGCGGCCAUACUAUGAAUCAUCAAAAAUGGUAGCUCAGAGAAUGACGAUUUCUGCACUUCGCUAUAUCAAGCAAAUAGCGCAAGAAACAAGUGGUGAGGUGGUAUAUAGCAUGGGCAGGCAACCUGCUGUUUUGAGAACUUUUAGCCAGCGGUUGAUCAGAGGAUUCAACGAUGCUGUCAAUGGAUUCAAUGAUGAUGGCUGGUCUGUUGUGCACUGUGACGGCGACGGGGGUGUUACUAUUUCAGUAAAUUCAAUCAAGAAUUUGAGCAGCACUUCUAAUCCAGCAAGUUCCCUUUCACUCCUUGGAGGAAUUGUCUGUGCCAAAGCUUCUAUGUUACUCCAAAACACCACUCCCGCUGUUUUAGUUCGCUUUCUGAGGGAACAUCGCUCAGAGUGGGCUGAUUUUAGUGUUGACGCCUUUUCUGCUGCAUCGCUUAAAGCUGGCACCUAUGGCUAUCCUGGAAUGAGGUCGACGAGGUUCACCGGAAAUCAAGCAAUCAUGCCUCUUGGACAGACAAUUGAACAUGAAGAGAUGCUAGAAAUUAUCCGCCUUGAAGGCCAUGCACUUGGUCAAGAAGAUUCUUUUGUUUCGAGGGAUGUUCAUCUCUUACAGUUAUGUAAUGGAAUUGACGAGAAUGCCGUGGGAGCUUGUUCCGAGCUCAUAUUUGCUCCAAUUGACGACAUGUUCCCAGAAGAUGCUCCAUUGGUGCCUUCUGGUUUCCGCAUUGCCCUGUUGAAUUCACAGCCAGGAGAUAAAAACAAUGCAAUGACAGCAAAUCGAACCUUGGAUUUGACAUCGGGUCUUGAAAUAGGCACGGCAACAACUCAUGCCACUGGUGACGCAUCGUGUCCUAACAAUCGAUGCGUGUUGACCGUUGCCUUCCAGUUUCCUUUUGAGAGUGGUCUGCAGGAUAAUGUUGCAGCCAUGGCAAGUCAGUAUGUCCGUCGCGUGAUUUCCGCCGUGCAGGCAGUUGCUAUCGCUAUAUCUCCAUCCAAUACUAACCCCACUGUUGGAGCAAAACUCUCCCCUGGCUCUCCAGAAGCCCUUACACUAGCUCAAUGGAUCUCCAAGAGCUAUCGUAACUGUUUCGCGACGGAGCUGCUGAGAUUCGAAUGUCUUACCGGUGAUAUGGUACUAAAACAUUUGUGGCAUCAUCCAGAUGCUAUUUUAUGCUGUUCUUUGAAGGCGGUGCCUGUAUUCAUCUUCGCAAACCAGGCCGGCCUCGACAUGCUGGAAACAACACUAGUGGCUCUACAAGACAUCUCCCUGGACAAAAUAUUCGACGAUCCCGCUCGCAAGAAUUUGAUUGGGUAUUUUGCCAAACUAAUGCAGCAGGGCUUUGCUUGCAUGCCAGCUGGGAUCUGCAUGUCAACAAUGGGGCGACACGCGUCAUACGAUCAAGCUGUCGCGUGGAAAGUGCUCGCAGAAGACAACGGUGUUCACUGUUUGGCUUUCUCUUUCAUGAAUUGGUCAUUUAUAUGAGAAACAAACAAGGGUAGAGAGUUUUGAGAGGGAAAGUAAAAUUUGAAAAUUUUGUUUAUGCACAUUACAAGAUCGUGUUUGGAUCAUUUUCAUUUGAUUAAAUUUGUUAGUUUGGAGCUAAGAACAAAAUGAUUCGAUCUUGUAAAAUUUUGUGAUUGGCAGAAUAAGAAUGAAUGAGGUGGGGACUUAAUGGUAUAGAUUUUGUGAAGUUGUUUUUGUUUGGAAUAUCUGACAAGUCAGGUAACAUAAAACAUGGAUGAUGCAUGCUAAUAAAGUGAAUCAGAAUAAAUUUGUUGAUGUUGA